AUGUUAUCCAGCGCCGGUAUCAUCGGCCACUACACGGCUUACAAGCUUCUCGAGCAGAAUGUGCACCCCAAGGACAUCUCAAUCAUCGGAGAGUUUCUUCCAGGUGACGAGUCCAUAAAGUAUACCUCCCCAUAUGCUGGUGGUAACUUUUCAUGUAUCACCGGGGAUGAUCCUCAGACUUUGGCUUUUGACGAAAUGACAUACAAGGAAUUGGGAAGAUUGCAGCAUUUCUUGGGCGGCUAUAAAUGCGGAUUGGACAGGGUAAAGUCUACUGAGUACUGGGACACACGUCCCUCGGAUGAAAAAUUGAACUCGUUGGAGUCCUACCUUUACGAUUUGUCAUUCAUUCCAAGUAACUAUUUGCCAGAUGGUGUGGAGUACGGAAUCGAAUUCAUUACGUGGAAUUUCAACUGUCCAAAGUUUCUUGUCAAUUUCCAGAACUUCUUGGUGAGCCAAGGGGUGACAUUUGAACGCAAGAGGCUCGAUAAUAUUCGUGAUGCUUUUGUUGACGGCACCAAAGUUGUUUUUAAUUGCACUGGUCUCGGUUCAAGACAACUCGGAGGAGUUAAUGAUCCCAAGAGCAUUCCAUACAGAGGUCAGGUGGUGGUAAUCAAGGCCCCACACAUUCAAGAAAAUGUCAUGAGAUGGGGUAACGACAAACCAACCUACAUUAUAAAAAGGCCAAAUUCCAACGAUCAAUUGAUUCUAGGAGGCUACUUGCAAAAAAAUGACUGGACUCCAGACACCUUCCGCGAUCAGACACUCGACAUCUUACAGAGAACCACCAAGUUAUACCCCAAAAUCCUUGAGGACAAUCGCAAGGGCAACCGGAUCGAAGAUCUCGAGAUCCUCAGAGUCGUAGCCGGCUUGCGUCCUGGAAGAGAAGGUGGGGUUCGCAUUGAGAAGGAAUUUGUGAGUGCUGAUAAGGUGUUAGUUCAUAACUACGGUGCAGCCGGAUACGGGUAUCAGGCAGGGCUCGGUAUGGCAGAUAAGGCAGUUCUGCUAGCCCUUGGCCACCUGAAGCUUUGA